AUGUAUAUUUCUCAACAGCCUAUUUCUCCACUCAUUCCAAGCUUUGAAAAUCCCCAUUCCGCCUCAGGAAGACUUAGUACUUGCGCAGCAGAACCUGACAUCGACAUCAAGGAGAAGGUCGACACCAAUGAUGAGCCCCCAGCAUUGCCACGACGAGAGCUCAUCAAUCGCCAUUGGAACGUUGUCAUCACCUUGACAAUACUUCUCUUCAUAUUCGGCCCUGCACGUCCUGCCAGUAUAACAAGGCUGGAUGAAGAUGUCAUCCUCCAAAUGGCCCAUCGCAUGAAUAACCUUGCUGUUCCAUGCCCCGGGGACCUGGCAGUGAAUGUCCAAAACAAUCCCCCCCUUAAUACAAAAACCGUUGCGACGCUCAAGGAUUUCGAGAAGCAACCUCAGAAGUAUUUACAACAAGGCCAUAUACUAUACUGCAGUCUGAUUAACCCGGAUUCCCCUUAG